UAUCAUUGGAAGAAAAAAAUUAUAGGAAAAAGAGAGAGCUCACAGAAAGUACCAUGAGUGUGGCUGCAGACGAAUAUAGCUAGUGUAAUAAUAGUACAACACACAUUAUUACAAGAAUUGCAGCUAUAAAAAAGAGGCCAAUAUUUAUUAUAUCCCAUACUGUUGAGAGGCAAAUAAAUCACUUCCAUUUCUUUGGUCUCUUGCCAAACAUAGUUGGCGGCUUAUCUAGCUUUAGCUUAAUUUGAUUAGUUCACCAACAAUUCAACAAUGGCCGCUUUGACAAAACUCAUCAGCAGGAAAUCAGGCCCAACUUGUCUGAAUUAUCUCAUCAGUAGUAGUAGCAGAUUGUUCUCUGCUCAACCUUUGGCUGAUCAUCAUGCUGCUUCUUCAUCUUUCCCUGCUACUAGCAUCAAAAGAGAAGUUUCCCAGUUGAUUGGAAGAACACCACUUGUUUAUCUCAAUAAAGUUACAGAAGGAUGUGGAGCUUUUAUAGCUGUGAAACAGGAAAUGAUGCAGCCAACUGCCAGUAUCAAAGACAGACCAGCUUUGGCCAUGAUCAAUGAUGCUGAAGAGAAAGGUCUGAUCUCACCUGGAAAGACAACAUUGAUUGAGCCCACAUCAGGAAAUAUGGGGAUUAGUAUGGCCUUUAUGGCAGCCAUGAAAGGAUACAAGAUGGUUCUUACCAUGCCCUCUUACACAAGCUUGGAGAGAAGGGUGACUAUGAGAGCAUUCGGAGCCGAUUUAGUCUUAACUGACCCAACCAAAGGAAUGGGUGGAACCGUCAAGAAAGCAUAUGAUUUGUUGGAGAACACACCAGAUGCCUUCAUGCUUCAGCAGUUCUCUAACCCUGCCAACACCAAGGUUCACUUUGAGACAACUGGUCCUGAAAUAUGGGAAGAUACUAAUGGUAAAGUUGACAUUUUUGUCAUGGGAAUUGGAAGUGGAGGAACUGUCACUGGAGUUGGGCAGUAUCUCAAGUCCCAAAAUCCUGAUGUAAAGAUCUAUGGUAUUGAGCCUACUGAAAGCAAUGUAUUGAAUGGAGGCAAACCAGGUACCUUUCAUAAUCUUUUCAGUUCAUUAGCAGUUGACAAAAUGUUAUGAUGAUAUCACUUAUCAGAUUUCUUCAUCAAUCAUGCAUACAGGUCCACAUCAUAUCACUGGAAAUGGCGUUGGAUUCAAACCCGACAUCCUCGACAUGGAUGUAAUGGAAGAGGUUCUUAUGGUAAGGCCUAACAUCCUCAUCUUUGGACCUAACAUUAUUCAGUCCAAGUCUCAAGAAGUGCUGUUUCAUUUGUUGCAGGUAUCUAGUGAUGAAGCGGUAAACAUGGCGAGACAAUUGGCCUUGAAGGAAGGGCUUUAUGUAACAAUCCCAAUACAUAAAACUGUUUCUUUCUUUUUUUUUGUGUAAAUUUGUGUUGAAUCUGAGUUAUGAUGGGCUUAUUUUGGUGGCAUUGACAUGAUUUGAUGGAAAUGUGGUCAAUGUAGGUUGGGAUAUCAUCAGGUGCAAACACUGUUGCAGCAAUGAGACUAGCCCAAAAACCAGAAAACAAGGGCAAACUCAUUGUGGUACGUACAAGAAGUUUCCUUUUACUUUACCGUAUUAAUUGCAACCGCGAGAUUAAGGGUUCGAAAAAUUUAUCCGAAUACAAGAAUGUAAUUGAAUUUCAUCUGCAGACUGUGCAUCCAAGUUUUGGAGAGCGUUAUCUUUCAUCUGUCCUGUUUCAAGAGCUCAGGAAAGAAGCUGAGAAUAUGCAACCAGUUUCAGUUGAUUAAUGUUCUGUCAUAUUUGCAUUAUAGAUCGUUUUUCCAUAGCAGAAAAUACUGCUAAAAGAUGUGUAUUUUUCCUCUGUUUUGACUUGUAACAUGAAGUAUUUUCUUCUUAUACUUUUACUUCCAUUUUAUGUCCAAAACUUUCUCCAACUAAACACAUUACCUUAAUUAAAUACUCUUUUUCCCCAUUUUAUAUCGAGGAUUAACACCUCAAUUACAACGAGU